CACCCACCCCACGCCCAACCCCAAUAAAAAUGAAACCCCCGAUCCCCUUCCCCCUCGCCCUCAACAUCGGCACGGACAUCGUCCACCUCCCCCGCAUCGCCCGCCUCCUGACCCGUCACAACGGCACCUACCUCGCCCGCUUCACCCGCCGCAUCCUGCACCCCCGCGAACAAGCCGACUUCCGCGCGCGCUUCCCGCUGUCGUCCGCCCCGUUACCUGUACACCGUCCCCAGUGCCAGGCCCAAUCCCAGCCCAGGUCCCGACAUUCCUCAUCGCUCGAAUCCCCCGAACAAAUCACCCCGGACAUGACCCGCUGGCUCGCGGGGCGGUUCGCCGCCAAGGAGGCCGCGCGGAAGGCGGCGCCGCGGGGCGCCGCGCAGCUUGGGUGGAAGGAUGUGAUUGUGCGGGUGAGUGCGGUCGAUGAGGGGCGGCCGGAGGUGGUGUAUUUGGAUGAUGCGUCUGGGGCUUCUGGGGAGGGGCAUGGAUGUGAGGGUGGGGGCCGGGUGGGCAAGUUGUCGAUCUCGCACGAUGGGGAGUACGUGGUUGCAAUGGUUCUGGCGGCGGGGUAA